AGUACUGUCAUACAUACUUUCUGCUCCUCUCGUUGCUGCAACAAAGUCCACAGCAGCUGCGCUCAACCGUCCACAGCAACACAAUAACCCAGUCUCUGCCCUGGAUGACAUGGAUGUAUAGAACGGGAUCCCCUCUGACUCUGUAAAGAUGGAGCUCACAUGGAGAGUAUCACAGCUCAUUCAUCUCUGCCUCUUCUCCCAGACUUGGCUGUCUGGCUAUUGUCACUUGUAUAACAACCGUUACGCUGGAGACAAAGUUAUAAGGAUCAUUCCUCGAAACGACCAAGAAGUAAAUGAAGUAAGGAAUAUGUGCAGUCAGCUGCAGGUUGAUCUGUGGCAGCCCAGCAGCUUUGGAAACAUCCUAAAUAACACAAUCACUGACGUUCACACAUCCAAUACCAGCUCGGAGGCUCUGCUAACUUACCUGAGAAGAGCCAACGUGGAGCACAGUAUUCUUGUAAAAAAUUUGCAGAAUGUGAUUGAAAAGCAGAAACAUUCUAAAUCUGGAAGAAAACGCAGAUCACUGCCGAAGUAUGAUUAUGAAGAUUACCAUCCACUUGAAGAGAUUGUAAAGUGGAUGCAUCACAUGAAUAAAACUCAUUCUAACCUUGUUCACAUGUUUUCUUUGGGAACAUCGUAUGAGGGAAGACCACUGUAUGUGCUCAAGUUGGGAGCCAAACCAUCCUCUGCUAAGAAGUCUUCCAAGAGAGAAGUGUGGAUUGACUGUGGAAUACAUGCAAGAGAGUGGAUUGCACCAGCAUUUUGUCAGUGGUUUGUAAAAGAGGCUGUCAAUACCUAUAAAACAGAUCCAGUUAUGAGAAAAAUCCUGGACCUUCUCUAUGUCUAUGUCAUGCCAGUGUUCAAUGUAGAUGGGUAUGAGUAUAGCUGGACUCAUGAUCGUUUUUGGAGAAAAACAAGGUCUAAAAUGAGAUUUAACUGUUAUGGAGUAGAUGCUAACAGGAACUGGAAAGUAAAUUUUUGUGAGGAAGGUGCUUCAUUUAAUCCAUGUGACAGUACCUACUGUGGUCCCUAUCCUGAGUCUGAGCCAGAAGUUAAGGCUGUUGCUCAAUUUAUCCAGAAAAGGAGAAAAUAUAUAAAAAUUUACUUGUCAUUCCAUGCUUAUGCCCAAAUGGUUCUCUACCCCUACUCAUACCAGUAUGAUGCCAUUCCCAACUACCGAUGUGUGGAAUCAGCCGCACAUAAAGCCGUCCAAGCCAUAAAUUCUGCUUAUGGGAUACGUUACAGACAUGGUCCUGCAUCCAGCACUUUAUAUUUGAGUUCUGGCAGCUCUAUGGACUGGGCCUAUAAUAUUGGCAUCCCAUAUGCCUUCGCAUUUGAACUUCGAGACAAUGGAUAUUAUGGAUUUCUUCUACCUGAUGGUCUAAUCCGGCCAACUUGUAUAGAAACAAUGCUAGCUGUUAAGAAUAUCACCAUGCAUUUGCUGAGGAAAUGUCGCUAGUAAAACAGAAACAUAUUGUUUUUUAUUUUUUUAUUUCUAUGUUUUUUAAUGCAUGUGGAAGGGAACCCCACAUUACAAUACAGAAGAUACCGUUCCUUUAUUAAUAAAAUAUUGUUGCUUUGUUUUAAAAUAGUAAUACAAGUUAUAUUCCCAAAAGUCAAUAUUUCAAAUCUCCUCUUCCUUCAGCAAAUCAUAGGAAACACCUCAUCAGAGCAGGAUUUUGAACUUGUAGAAAUAUAAAUUACAGGAGUUACCCAGACAUUUAUAAGUGAUGGCCUCAUCAACAUUAGAUCUUAGCAUUCCCACGUAUCAGCUCUUUCAAGAGGCCGCAGUGCUCCAGUGAAAACCACAUCACCUUGUAC